GGCGCAGAGGAGCCCAGCCGCUCUCUGCAUGGACUUACACUGGAUUAAUCAACUCACCUCAUUUUAUUUAUUUACAUAUUUAUGGUUUUUCUACUAUCUUGAGCCCUGAAUGCGGACGCGGAGCACUAUGCACUCCAGAGUGAAGUCGCGGAGCUGCGAUAAUUACCUGAGUAUAAAGGACUCGGAGUCAUUGGACCGCUGCAUUCGGAGCGUGUUAUCGGCUCUGUACCCUCCGUUCAGCGCCUCGGCGGCCACCGUCCUGUGGCAGCUCUUCAGCGUCGUGGAGAGACAGUACCGCGGAGACGGCCUGCGCUGCUUCAUUGACUUCCUGCUGCCCGCCAAGAGAAUCCUGCAGACAAUAACACAGGAGGCCUGUCUGCGAUUCAAAGGCCUGUUGCUGUACCACGAGGGAUGGCCGCUGUGUUUGCAUGAGAAGGUGGUUCUGCAACUCGCACCCCUGCAUAAAGUACGUCUACGGCAGGGAGAUUUCUACCUGCAGGUGGUUCCCUUAGGCCGCAAAGCUGCCAAACUGGUCAUAAAAUGCCUGUCAGGGAGCGGGCAAGCCAUUGCGGAGAUCCCUGUGGCCGAGAGCAUGUACGGCAGCGUGUUCACGCCCGACUUCUUGCAGAAUGUAAUGCGUGAACGCAACCUGCACCCUCUCCAGAACUGCCUCCUCAGUACCGGUGCCGUGGUUUACCGAACGCCCUGGAAGAACGUGGUCAAUCCUUUGUUCGUGACCAGCACCGCAGACGCAAUCAUGCAGGCGUGCAGCGGCGGGACCCUGCGGGGUCAACUCAGUACCUGCAGCACCCAUGGAUCCACGGGAACGCUCAGUUCACGAGACUCCCUGGGCGCUGAGUCCACCGUGUCCGAGCCAGUCCUCAGCCGGAGCCUCACGGAUAUGGGCAUCAGCUCCUUGCACUCGGAGGAUUCGCCCUUGCAAAAGAGUCCUAGCUCCCUUCCCCAGACACCCACCUUGGGCAGCUCGGAUCAGGGAUGCAUUCGAGGCAGAAUCGGCCACAAAAUCCUCUCGUUUAGCACAGACCUUAGCAAUCCCGGCCUUCGCAAGCGGCAUCCCAGAGACUCUGCUGCCUUCGAGUCUCGCCGGCUUUUCCGCAAGUCCUACAUGGAGGCUUUGCAGAACCCUAUGAACCUUGGCUCCAGCUCUGAAUCAAUUCUUGAGGAAGGGACGGAGUCGGAGCCAGGAGCGCCUCGCGGCUCUGGCCCGAAGCAGCCGAUCCCUCUGAGAAUCUGUGUUCGUGGAUGGCUGGGAGGAGAUGAAUCAUGCAACGAUUCUACCACCGUCCAUCCAUCCAAGAGCGCCGAGCUCAGUCCGGGCGAGAGACGCUCCAAAUCUCUUGAACGUACCAACAAGGCCUUGCAGGUUAAAGGCCACCGGGCUCGGUCGUCUUCCGGUGGAUCCGGUAGUGGCCUUCCCAAGAAACUUAUGAAUGGUUAUGCAUUUCGAUUUGGAAAAUUGGAAUUGGAGGCGGCCUUUCCUGACAUCGAGAAACGGAGCAACAAAGAGAACUCAGGUCUCUGUGAUGCCGGUCUGCACUCGAGCCCCAGGAGGAACAGGAACAGCGGCGAUGAGUUUGUUUCCAGCAGAUCGGCCGUGUCUCCAGUGCUGCCCUCGCUCAUCACACACCUCAACCAGGAGCUCCUGACCUCCGGUGCUCUGACGCUUCCCGGUAACCAGGACCGCGGCGGCAGAGCUGUGCUGCAGGUGUGCAGCAGGAGCCAGGUGUGGACAGACGCAGCUUUCACCACAAACCAGAUCAGCGAGCUGCUGUGCUACUUCUGCGGCAGACUGCGGAGGGAGAAGCGAGGCCUGGGUUUGACGGUUCUCAUCGACGCUCGCAGGCAGCCGGUCACGUCUGCGCUCUUCACAGCUCUGUCUGAGCUUCAGACUCUCGUACCCAAUGCACUUUACUCAGUUUUGAUUCUGGUGGACAGAGACGCAGCAGUGAAAGUGGAGCGAGACGUCUCAGUUCCUUGUGAGGUCCUGACGUCUCUGAAAGCUCUGCAGAAUUAUAAAGCUCAAAAAAAAAUCGAAGCGUUUGCCGCGAGCUGCAGCGCUGCCAUCGCUUCCCUCCAGAGCUCCAUCGAGACGCUGAACAACAUCGGCAGCCUGGAGACGUCUGAGGAGGUGUCAGAGGUCAUCAGCCAGCAGAAGAGUCUCAUGAAGAGCAUUCUGGACGACACCAAACUCAACCGCCUGCGUCUGGAGGGCGGCACCUUUCUGGCCCGCAUACGGAAAGAGGAGAUGUGUGAAAACGAGAACUACAGGGACGCUGUGGAUCUGGUCGGUGCGCUGUAUAACCAGCUGGAUGAAGAGGUUCAUAAACUGGUCAUUCUGUCAAAUAAAUCCCUGCAGCAGCUGGAGAAGCUCCUGAAGCUGCGUGUCUUACAGGAGAGACACCAGGAGGUUAAGAGGUGGUUUUAUGUGGAGAGUGAGAAGCAUUUGGCUCCUCUGGACUCCUACAGUCCCUCUCUGAGCUGCAUUCAGGACAUGAGACAGAGUCUGGCCCAGUUCAUGGAGGAGUCCACCGAACAGCAGAAGAAAGCCGCAGCGUUACUGAGGGAGUCUGAAGCAGGUCCAGCUCUUCUGGAGGUCAAAGAGCACAUCAGCUCCGUCCUGCAGCGCAGCGAAACUCGCAAACACGAGCUGGACGUUCUGCUCAACCUCUACGAGUUCUACGAAUCGGCGAAGCAGUGGAUGGAGCACUGUCAGGAGUAUUUCUGUCAGCUGAGGCUGGAUGGAGACACGCUCGGUUUGACGCCGGCUGAGCUGCAGGUCCUGCAGGACUAUCACAGCGAGGCCACAAAGUUCUCUCUGGAGAACUUCAGCUCGCUCAACCAGACGGUGCUGAAGCUGAACAGCGAGCUGGAGCAGCAGCGCUGGAGCAGUGUCUGGCAGCAGUGCCAACAAACCAGACAGCAGCUGGAGGAGACGCUGGACAGAGCCGAGACUGUAUCGAAUCCUGCGGAGACUCAGAACGGACUGGACUCCUCUGAGGUUCCCGCUCUGAACUCUUCUUCGCCUCCGUGUUUUGAGGAUGAAGAUGAGAAGCCGCACUCAGCAGGUCUGUUUUCCAGAAGCCAGUUCCCGUUUCCCCCGUCUGCAUUUGAGGACACCGACAGCGACUGCACCAUCGACUCGUCCGCCUCGUGUCACUCGGAGCCGCUGCAUUCACCGGCGACGCGCCUCCGCAAGCAGCCGCUCAAGAAGAUCAUGAAGAAGACGCUGAGCUACGAGCUGCCGGCGCGGGACAGAGCUCCUCACGGCUACAGCGGCGUCUGCAUCCGAGGACUGGAGGUCUCCAAUAACGCCAAGAACCCGGCUCUGGGCCGCAGCCGCAGCAUGUCGUCCCCGUCUGCUCAGUGCAGACACAGCGACGCAGACACCAAGAGACACAGCGGUAAAAUCCAGCACAUCAUGGACGAGAUGAUCUCCACCGAGAGAGAGUACGUCAGAUCCCUCAGCUACAUCAUCCAGCACUACUUCCCUGAGAUGGAGCGACUGGACCUUCCUCAGGACCUCCGAGGGAAGCGCAGCAUCAUUUUUGGGAAUCUGGAGAAACUGUGCGACUUUCACAGCCAGUAUUUCCUGACGGAUCUGGAGAGCUGCGCUCAUUCACCGCUGUCCAUCAGCAGCUGCUUGCUCAAACACGAGGAACAGUUCGGGAUGUACGCCCUGUACAGCAAAAACAAGCCGCGCUCAGACGCUCUGCUGACGAGCCACGGAAACAGUUUUUUCAAGAACAAGCAGCUGGAGCUGGGCGAUAAGAUGGACCUGGCGUCGUACCUGCUGAAGCCCAUCCAGAGGAUGAGUAAAUACGCUCUGCUCCUGAAGGAUCUGAUCAAGGAGUGCGGUCAGUCUCAGGAGCAGGAGCUGGCUGACCUCAGAACAGCGCAGGAGAUGGUGCGGUUCCAGCUGCGCCACGGGAACGACCUGCUGGCCAUGGAUGCCAUCCGCGGCUGUGACGUCAAUCUGAAGGAGCAGGGUCAGCUUCGCUGUCAGGACGAGUUCAUCGUUUGGUGCGGACGCAAAAAAUACCUGCGCCACGUUUUCCUUUUCGAGGAUCUCAUCCUCUUCAGCAAGACCAAGAAGAUUGAAGGAGGAUACGACAUCUACAUCUACAAACAGUCCUUCAAGACGGCUGAGAUCGGGAUGACGGAGAGCGUGGGAGACAGCGGGCUGCGCUUCGAGAUCUGGUUUCGCCGGAGGAAAUCACAGGACACCUUCAUCCUGCAGGCCUCUUCUGGAGAGGUGAAGAACGCCUGGACCUCCGUCAUCGGCAAGAUCCUGUGGAGACAAGCCUUACGAAACCGAGAGCUGCGGAUGCAGGAGAUGGUUUCGAUGGGAAUUGGAAACAAGCCGUUCAUGGACAUUAAACCCAGCGACUCUGCCAUCAGCGAUCGAGCCGUCGACUACAUGAAAGGGUCAGAGUCACGGAUGCGGGCGUCAGUAGCGGUGUCCUCGUUCGAUCACUCCACGCCAUUUAAGAGACCGCACUCCACCAUCUCCAACAGCAGCUCGUCCUCGUCCAGCAGCCAGUCCUCGUCCUCUCUGCUGAGCUCUCUGAACCUGCACCUCCAUCCGUCCCUGAGCCACUGGCCCUACGACUGCAUCGAGGAGGACGAGCUCGAGCACGACUCCACGAUGAGUGUCCAGCAUCAUCCUGUGUUAGUGAUGGAGAGCUACACCUGUGACGGAGGCUCGUAUCUGUCCCCGUCUCCACCCGAAGUCACGUCCUCCAUCCUCUACCACGAAGAGCAGGAGCUGCAGAGUCAGAGCAGCACGUUCAUCACAGCGAGCAAGACUUCAGGUCUGUUAGGCCUCUCGACUCUGGUCUGAAUCAAACGCUUCAGAUCACUGUGAAUCCUUUGAGACGGAGCGACGGACAGCAGUGUUCGGACAGACAGAGAUCAAAUGCACUGAGACAUUUCAUCAUAUCAUCAUUUCAUAGACUGAUAAUCGUCCAGAGCCGCACUGAUGAAUAUGAAAAUAUGAAUUCUGACUGCAGUGCUGGUACGUUACAGGACCCAGAUCACGGAUCUACAUUAAUUCAGCUGUUUUAUUUUGACUCCUUUCAUUCUGAGACUGCAGAUUCUUCACCUCUCGACGUCUGACUCAGUAUUUCUGAUUGUACAAAUAGUUGAACAAACUGAGUUCUGAUGCUACUACAGGAUUGCAUUGUUAAUAAAGAUUGAGUCCGACAUUUUACCAUGAAAAUAAAAAUAAAACAACAGUAAUUAAAAUCAAAUUGAAUUUUGUAAUUUAUUAAAAA